AUGUCGAGACACCGCGUGAAGAAUGUUGGAUACGACGACGAUGACUACUAUUCUGACGAUGGAUAUGAUUCGCCCGAUCCCGAGGAGCAAGCGCUACUACAACGGUCGACUGCGGAAGUCUUGCAACAGCUUAGCGCGGGGCUGCCGUCGAUGACUGUCACCAAAGAAGAGGCCCAGGAAACAUUGUAUUACUACUACUAUGAUGUGGAGAAAUCCGUGAAUUACCUCAAAGGCAAAAAGGAGAAGGAGAUGAAGAAGCAACAGGCUUCUGGCACAGCACAGAAGACCAAGGGUCAAACUGGUAUCUCAUUGCUAGGAUUCCCAGCGCCCAAUCCUCCCCCGAUGGCGCAUUUCUCUGCCGCCGACUUUUUCCGCGACUGCCCGUGGCUCAAUGUUCCUUCACAUCGCAAGGCUGAUAUCAUGGUCGAACCAUUAUACCCACAAUUGGGACUGCUAGGUGGUGCACCAGAAGCUGCAGGCAAACCCUCCAAGCUUGCUCAGCUUGCAGCGGCCCGAAAGAAGAAAGAGGCCGAAGCGGCAGCAGCAUCGGCCGCUCCGCCCGCGCCGCAGUCUGAAAACAAAGACUCGCCUGUAUCCGAGCCACGGGCAGCUCCGCUUUCUCUCAGUGAAAGACUGGCAAAGGCAAAGGCAGCAAAAGCUUCCGAGCCAAGUUCUGGCCUUGCAGGUCUACGAAGAUCCGGAAAACCAACCUCAUCUGCAUCUCCGUUGCCUAUCAAAAAGCCAUCAGUAUCGGAGUCGGAUGAAUCUACCCCGGCAGCCCAGAAAGAGGAUUCAAGCCCCAAGCCGGAAGCACAGCCAGUGGCAUCUGCCAUUCGCGCCGCGCCAUCUAUAUUUGCCAGCAUCAUUGUCGGAAACCCAGCGGGACCAACGAUGGCUGAGCCCAGCCACUUCGACUCGAAUGACGUGGAUCUUCUCAAGAUCUAUGGCCAGGACCAUGCUGAACCUUUUGACUUUGCAGGCCCCAGCCCCGAUGAUGUGGUGCUCAAUGCUCAAAAUACAGCAAAAGGAAUGAAGUCCAAAGCCGCCGCAUCCAAGCCGGGUGAUAAGAAGGCGCAAGGUGAUCUCGCAGGUGGCAUGAACAACCUCUCUGUGGAAGAGAAAGUAACGGUCAAGAGCAAAAACUUGAAUGUCCUGGAUGAAUACAGCAAGUCCAAGCGGAAGAAGUCUGCUAACUUUGUUGUUAUUGGGCAUGUUGAUGCUGGAAAGAGUACUCUGAUGGGACGGUUAUUGGCAGACCAAGGAGCCAUCGACCAGCGAACAUUGGACAAAUACCGAAAAGAGGCGGAGAAGAUUGGAAAGGGCUCAUUCGCACUUGCAUGGGUGUUGGAUCAAGGGUCCGAGGAGCGCGCACGAGGUGUGACGAUUGAUAUCGCUACCAACAAGUUUGAGACAGACAACACCGCCUUUACGAUUGUUGAUGCCCCAGGUCAUCGGGACUUUGUCCCAAAUAUGAUCGCCGGUGCUAGCCAGGCAGAUUUUGCUGUGCUGGUGAUCGAUUCUAGUAUAGGCAAGUUUGAAUCUGGCUUGAAGGGUCAGACCAAGGAGCACGCAUUGCUGGUCCGUAGCAUGGGUGUGCAAAAGAUCAUCGUGGCUGUCAACAAGAUGGAUGCUGUGCAGUGGGAUAAGGAACGUUUUACGGAGAUUGAGCAGCAGAUCUCGUCUUUCCUGACUACUGCCGGCUUUCUAGAAAAGAACAUUUCCUUCAUUCCUUGCUCCGGUGUACUGGGCGACAACAUUACUCGCCGCAGCGAAGAGGCAAACGCAUCUUGGUACACGGGCCGAACUUUGAUCGAGGAGCUCGAGACUUCAGAGCCAUACACACAUGCGCUUGACAAGCCUUUACGCAUGACAAUUGGCGACGUCUUCCGCGGUGGUGUACAGAACCCGAUUUCCAUCUCUGGCCGUCUCGACGCUGGCAGCUUGCAGAUCGGCGAUCAAAUCCUGACCAUGCCCAGCGGCGAAAAGGCCUUGAUCCGCAGCGUGGAGGUGGACAGCGAGCCUAGCGACUGGGCUGUGGCGGGACAGAACGUCACACUGAACUUGGCGAACAUCGACCCUGUGCACCUUCGAUCUGGCGACGUGGUCUGUCGCGCAUCUGCGCCGAUCCCCACCAUCACGACAUUUACGGCUAAGGUCUUGGCCUUUGAGCACCUCAUGCCGAUGCUUGUUGAUGUGCACCGUGGUCGACUCCAUGUUCCCGCGCGAAUUAGCAAAUUGGUGGCAUCUUUGGAUAAGGCUUCUGGUGCGGCGCUGAAGAAGCGGCCAAAGAUUGUGUCUCCUGGUACGGUGGCGCGGGUGGUUGUUGAGAUGGACCAGGCGGUUCCUUUGGAAGCACCUACGAGGAUUGUUCUCCGCAGUGGGGGUACGACAGUGGCGGCUGGAUUAUUGGAGUGA